AUAUACGAUACCAAAGCGCAUUAUCCGCCCUUUUGAGGAAACCGCGCUCUCUUUUCCUUUUACUUUCACGAAGAAGAAGAAGAAGAAGAAAUACCCUAACCCUAGAAUGUGGCCGUUUAGUAGGAAGGGGCCUUCGGGGUUUUCAUGGUACUCCACGGCCGAGGAGGUCACGGAGGGGAUCGAUGGCUCCGGCCUCACCGCGAUCGUCACAGGGGCAUCAAGUGGAAUUGGCACUGAAACAGCUCGUGUUCUUGCGAAGCGUGGUGUUCAUGUGGUCAUGGCUGUUAGGAAUGUAACAUCUGGUAACAAUGUGAAAGAGGAGAUUUUAAAGGAGAUACCCUCUGCCAAACUUGAUGUAAUGGAGUUGGAUCUCACGUCGAAGGCAUCGGUUAGGAAGUUUGCUUCAGAAUUCAAAUCUCAGAAUCUACCGCUAAAUGUGCUCAUUAACAAUGCAGGAGUUAUGGCAACUCCUUUUUCGCUUUCACAAGAUGGUAUAGAGCUGCAAUUUGCAACUAAUCAUAUAGGUCAUUUUCUUUUAACAAAUCUUCUUCUGGAGAACUUGAAGAACACAGCUCGUGAAUCUGAAGUGGAAGGAAGGAUUGUCAAUGUCUCAUCUGAGGGACAUAGAUUUUCCUACGGGGAAGGGAUUCGGUUUGAUAAGAUCAACGACCCAUCUAGCUAUAGCAGUCUCGGUGCAUAUGGGCAAUCAAAGCUUGCAAACAUUUUACAUGCCAAUGAACUUUCCAGGCGCUUUAAGGAGGAAGGGGUGGAGAUUACUGCAAAUUCUCUUCAUCCAGGAUCAAUUAUCACAAAUCUUCUGCGCUACCACAGUUUUCUAGAUUUUCUUCACCGGACGGCUGGAAAACUAGUAUUGAAAAAUGCUCAGCAGGGGGCGGCGACCACAUGCUACGUAGCGUUGCAUUCUCAAGUGAAAGGAGUGACGGGGAAGUAUUUCAGCGACAGCAACUUAUAUGAGCCGAGCGCCAAAGCGAAGGACGCUGAUCUGGCGAAGAAACUCUGGGACUUCAGCAUGGAUUUGAUCAGCUGAAACAAUCGCUGCAACCUUAAAUUCAACCUUCGAUUUCUUAAUGCUUUUGGAGAUGUAAAAUUUGACUGUUUAUCAGAAAGCGAUUAGCAACUAUCGAUACCAUUAAUGAGAUGAGGAACCUCAGCAAUACUGCACGGUGAUAUAAAACGUUCCGCGUUGAAACUGCAGUGUGUGAAAGAAAUCUUUUUUCUUUUUUUUAAUUCUAUGCAUCCUUUUCACUA